AUGGCGCCUGGAAUCUUGACGUCGCCGGAUGUGGAGGAGAAGCCCUCCAAGGCUGUUUCAUUGGCCCAGUUGACCGAGGACUGGGAUGACACAAUUCGUUUCUACCUCAAUGGCACAAAAGUCAUACUCGAUAACGUCGAUCCAGAGCUCACCCUGUUAGAAUACUUAAGAGGGAUAGGGCUGACGGGAACUAAGCUGGGUUGUGCAGAGGGAGGCUGCGGUGCCUGCACCGUUGUUGUCUCCCACAUCAACCCAACAACCAAGAAGAUCUACCAUGCAUCUGUCAAUGCUUGCCUGGCGCCGGUGAUAAGUGUGGAUGGGAAGCAUGUUAUGACGGUUGAGGGCAUCGGGAAUGUGAAGAACCCCCACGCAAUUCAGCAGCGGCUGGCGAUUGGAAAUGGCAGUCAGUGUGGCUUUUGUACACCUGGAAUUGUCAUGAGCCUCUACGCACUUCUUCGCAAUAACCCCGAGCCCUCGCAACACGCGGUCGAAGAAGCUUUUGACGGGAACCUUUGUCGCUGUACGGGGUACAGACCGAUCUUGGACGCCGCCCACAGUUUUACAGCCGCAAAUAUAUGUGGGAAAGCAAGUGCCAACGGUGGAACAGGUUGCUGCAUGGAAAAACAGAAUGGUACCGGAGGAUGCUGCAAACAGUCGUCAAACGAGGACAGCAAUGAUGGCAGUUUCCCAAAAUUUACACCCCCUGACUUUAUCAAAUACGAUCCAGGGACGGAAUUGAUAUUCCCACCGGCUCUCAAGAAGCACGAGUUUCGACCCGUCGUCUUCGGCAACAAGAAAAAGAAGUGGUACAGGCCUGUCACUGUGCAGCAACUAUUGGAGAUCAAAAGCGCACACCCUGCGUCCAAAAUCAUCGGUGGAAGUACGGAGACUCAGAUCGAGGUGAAGUUCAAGGCAAUGAAAUAUAAUGCGUCUGUUUACGUGGGCGACAUUCCAGAACUUCGUCAAUACUCUCUCAAAGACGACCAUCUUGAACUCGGAGCCAAUGUCUCUCUCACGGAUUUGGAGUCAAUUUGUGACGAAGCUGUUCAAAAGUACGGCCCGGUACAAGGUCAGCCGUUCAAAGCCAUCAAGAAACAACUUCGGUAUUUCGCAGGAAGGCAGAUUAGGAAUGUUGCGUCCCCCGCGGGUAAUCUGGCCACGGCAUCUCCCAUCUCCGAUUUAAAUCCUGUGUUCGUCGCUACGAACACUGUUCUCAUCGCCAAGUCUUUGAGAGGGGAAACCGAGAUCCCCAUGGGCCAGUUCUUUCAGGGUUACCGGUUGACUGCCCUUCCAGAAGAUGCCAUCAUUGCAAGCUUGCGUAUUCCGAUCUCGUCCAAACAGGGAGAAUACAUUCGGGCUUAUAAACAGUCAAAGAGAAAGGAUGAUGACAUCGCCAUUGUCAACGCCGCUCUGCGUGUGUCACUUUCUCCUUCGAAUGACGUGACGAGUGUGAACCUCGUUUUUGGUGGCCUAGCACCCAUGACGGUAUCCGCACGCAACGCAGAGUCUUUCUUGAUCGGCAAGAAAUUCAUGAACCCUGCGACGCUCGAGGGGACCAUGAGUGCUUUGGAACGCGACUUUGACCUAAAGCAUAGCGUCCCUGGUGGGAUGGCAACUUAUCGCAGGUCUCUAGCCCUUGGAUUCUUCUACCGAUUCUAUCACGAUGUGCUCUCUGAGAUUGAGGUCAAAGAUACAGAUGUUGACGAGGAUGUCAUUGCUGAGAUUGAAAGAGCUAUUUCCUCAGGGCAGAAAGACCACGAGUCCUCGAAGGCCUACCAGCAGAGAAUUCUAGGUAAAGCUACGCCUCACGUGUCUGCGUUGAAGCAAGCCACCGGAGAAGCGCAGUAUACGGAUGAUAUCCCUGCGCAGAAGAAUGAACUGUACGGCUGCCUGGUCCUCUCGACCAAGGCUCGUGCGAAGAUUGUCAGUGUCGACACUGCAGCCGCAUUAGAUAUCCCCGGAGUCUAUGACUAUGUGGACCACAGGGACCUUCCUAACCCUCAAGCCAAUUGGUGGGGUGCUCCAAAGAGCGAUGAAGUAUUUUUCGCAGUGGACGAAGUCAUGACUGCUGGCCAGCCCAUUGGCAUGAUACUUGCGAGCUCUGCUAAGAUUGCCGAAGAGGCUUCACGAGCUGUGAAGAUCGAGUAUGAAGAACUGCCCGCAAUCCUCACAAUUGAGGAGGCAAUCGAAGCCGAAUCAUUUUUUGACCACUUCCGCUUUAUCAAGUGCGGUGACACCGAGAAAGCUUUCAAGGAAGCGGAUCGCGUAUUUCAUGGAGCAUCGAGAAUGGGUGGCCAAGAGCAUUUCUAUCUGGAAACUCAGGCUUGCGUAGCCAUCCCGAAACCCGAGGAUGGGGAGAUGGAGAUCUGGAGUGGUACUCAGAAUCCCACAGAAACCCAAACAUAUGUUGCUCAGGUCACUGGUGUCGCAGCGAACAAGGUUGUUUCUCGAGUCAAACGACUUGGUGGAGGCUUUGGUGGCAAAGAGACGCGGUCUGUUCAACUAGCAGGAAUUUGUGCCACAGCGGCCGCAAAGACAAAACGACCCGUUAGAUGCAUGUUGAAUCGGGAUGAGGAUAUCGUCACCUCUGGCCAGCGCCACCCAUUCCUCUGUCAUUGGAAGGUCGGCGUGACAAAAGAAGGGAAACUCCUCGCACUCGACGCCGACGUAUAUGCCAACGGAGGCCACACGCAAGAUCUGUCUGGCGCAGUUGUGGAAAGAAGUCUCUCCCACAUUGAUGGAGUUUACAAGAUUCCAAACGUUCAUGUCCGUGGCCGUGUCUGCAAGACUAAUACCGUUUCCAACACUGCCUUCCGUGGGUUUGGUGGCCCUCAGGGCAUGUUCUUCGCCGAAUCCUUCAUGGAAGAGAUUGCGGAUCAUCUUGACAUUCCUGUUGAACGAUUCCGACUGCAGAAUAUGUAUCAGCCGGGAGACAAAACUCAUUUUCACCAGGAGCUCAAAGACUGGCAUGUCCCCCUGAUGUAUAAGCAAGUACUGGAGGAAAGCUCCUACGCGGAACGCCGCAAAGCCGUCGAGGAGUAUAACAAGAAACACAAAUGGUCCAAGCGUGGAAUGGCUAUCGUGCCCACAAAGUUUGGCAUUUCCUUCACAGCCUUGUUCCUGAACCAGGCCGGCGCAUUGGUUCAUAUCUAUCACGACGGCAGCGUCCUAGUCGCCCACGGUGGAGUUGAAAUGGGCCAAGGACUGCAUACAAAGAUGACAAUGAUUGCAGCGGAAGCACUUGGUGUUCCUCAGUCCGACGUCUUCAUCUCGGAGACAGCUACAAACACUGUCGCCAACACAUCCUCCACGGCAGCGUCCGCCAGUUCGGACCUCAACGGCUAUGCCAUCUUCAACGCAUGUGAACAGUUGAACGAGCGCCUGCGCCCGUACCGUGAGAAGAUGCCCGGGGCCAGCAUGAAGGAACUCGCCCAUGCAGCCUACUUCGAUCGGGUCAACCUUUCCGCUCAGGGCUUCUACCGUACCCCUGAUAUUGGGUACGUCUGGGGAGAGAACAAGGGGCAAAUGUUCUUCUACUUCACCCAGGGCGUGACGGCCGCAGAGGUAGAGAUUGACACACUGACCGGCGACUGGACGCCUCUGCGCGCCGACAUCAAGAUGGACGUCGGACGUACCAUCAAUCCAUCCAUCGAUUACGGGCAGAUUGAGGGCGCUUUCAUCCAAGGCCAGGGGCUAUUCACCACUGAAGAGAGUCUUUGGCAUCGUGCCUCGGGUCAAAUCUUUACCAAGGGUCCCGGGAACUACAAGAUCCCUGGCUUUAGGGACAUUCCACAGGUCUUCAACGUCAGUCUUCUGAAGGACGUCGAGUGGGAGAACCUCCGCACCAUCCAGCGAUCACGGGGUGUCGGCGAGCCGCCGCUAUUCAUGGGCAGCGCUGUCUUUUUCGCCAUUCGGGAUGCUCUCAAAGCUGCGCGCAAGCAGUGGAAUGUCAAUGAAGUGCUUAGCUUGCAGAGCCCGGCCACACCCGAGCGGAUUCGGGUCAGCUGUGCGGAUCCCAUUAUUGAGAGAGUGAGGGUCACGCCUCAAGAAGGAGAGAAGAGUUUCUUCGUCGCAAUUUGA